AUGCUUUACAAAACAGGACCGCGUGACUCACCCAUUGAUAAGGAAUUUCAAGAUGAAAAUGAUGAAGAGCGCUUAACAUCUCGCACAACAGCAACUCAACAUUAUUUACCUGAUAUCCGUGAAGCAUUACGUUUAAGCAAUUUACCAUUAUCAACAUUAUGUUCUUAUAUUAAUCAUAAAGUAACAUUAUGUAAACCUCUUACACAUACAAAAGCCAUUGCAUGUUCACCAAUAACAUUUAGUCGCUCAACACAAACAGAAGCUGACUUACCACCAAUCGGUCUAUUACCAGUUCCCGUUGGUUUAAUUACACCUUUACCUUUAGCAUUAGGUGUUGACAAUAUACCGGUUCCAGUUCCUGUACCGAUUCCCGUACCAUUUCCAAUAUUUUUUGUUGUAUCCGAUAAAAAAUUUCAAUAUUAUACAGAUUAUUUAGAAAAACUUGGCCAAUGUAUUCCUGAUAAUGACGAUGAUUCAUUUAUACUAGCCUAUGCUCAAAAAUUAUUUCCAAAUGAUGAUAUACUCUGUCUCGGUAAUGAUAAUGGUGGUGGUGAUGAUAUAAUAUCAAAAAGUAUGAUAACCACAACAACAGCAACGCCAUUAAUUGAUCGUGAUCAUGAUUUAAAUUUACUAAUGGAUAAACAUAUUUUACGUGCAGAGGAAGAAGAUGAUCCAACUGAGCUAAGAAAACCUAAUGCUUCAACGACAGCAUCAUCAAUAACGACCGAUGUUGCCACUGAAUACGAUGUAGAACAUUUUGAUUUAUCAACAUCGGCUUUGACCAGUAAUAAUGCGCAAAACAAUCCAGAUUUAGCACUUUAUUUAAUGGAGCAAGAAGAUUCGAAAGAUAUUUUAAAAUGGCAUUUGGGUGUUAAAGCAUUCAUGAAAUGGAUAGAAAGAAAAAAUCACCCAAUUCGAAAUAGAUUAUAUCAGCAGUAUACACGUAAUCGUCGUAUGACACCAGUUGAAGCAGAAGCACGCAUUGCAAAACGUUUAUUUAAAUCAGACCCAUUGAAAUAUCGUGCGGAUGAAUUAAACCGAGCAUUAUCAUUAUUCGUUAAAGAAGCACGACGUGUAUCUGGCGAAGAAUAUGCACCGGAUUCAAUAUACUAUCUUUGUUUAUGUAUUCAACAUUAUUUGAGAGAAAAUAAACCAUUUGGUACAAGUAAUCAUGAAGAAGAUAAUCAUUUGCGUCGUACAGAAAAUAUAUUUUUUGAUUCAACGUUUGAACAAUUUCAAUCAGCAUUAAAUUUAGUAUUAGGCCACUUUAACGUUCGUUUAUUAACACCAGAUGCAUUGGGAGGCUCUCGUAUUGAAGAAGAGGUAUUAUGGGAAGCAAAACAAUUGGGCUCACAUUCACCAUGGAUAUUGCUUAAUACUAUUCUCUAUUUUAAUACAAAAUAUUUCUUUUUAAAAACUGUUAGUGAACAUAAUGUAUUAUCAUUUUCAAAUGUUCGAAGACAUUAUAAACGAAAUAUUGGGCCACAUGGUGAAGAAUUUGGUAAAUCAGUUUACCUAAGAUAUUAUCCGCCGACAACAACAUUUCAUGGUAUGGAAGAACAACAAUUGAUUUAUGAACAAGCUGAAAAUUAUGAUGAUCCAUUACGUUGUCCGGUGAAAUUAUUUGAAUUUUAUCUGACAAAAUGUCCAGAGCAAGUUAAAUGUCGACAAGAUGUCUUAUAUUUAACACCGGAAACAACUGUCGUACCUGAUUCCCCCAUAUGGUUCUCAUCGAUACCUUUACCGCAUUUUUUUAUGGAUAGAAUGUUAACAAGAAUAAAAACAGUCAGAGAUGUUAAUGAUAUACAUCUAUCAAUGUCUCAAACGUCGUUCGAAGGUCGACUUUAA